GUGUGUGUUAGUGUUAUCCGGAAAGUUCUCGAAGUUUCUCGCAGCGUACGGAACACGCACGCGCACAGCGCUCUGAUUGGCCAGGCGCUCCUGCGAACGCACGCGAGCGAUCGCGAACAAUCUGAGGAGAACAUUCUCGCGAGAUCAGCACGUGAACUCAAAGCGGGUUGCGUGUUGGAGAAGAGCAGAAACCGGUGCGCCUCAGUCCAGUUCUCUUCGCUCACACUCAGCUCAUGGAGAGCCGGGGAUACUAGGGUUAUUAUUAAUAUAGAUAUUAGCAUCUACACCAUCUUUUGUUUCUUUCAUCAGGCUGAAGGAAGAGUUUUAAUUCGCUGUUUGAAGGCACUCCUGUGUAUUAGGUGGUGAAAAUGUCAGUGGUGGGAUUUGACGUGGGUUUUCAGAGCUGUUAUGUAGCUGUAGCCAGAGCCGGUGGAAUCGAGACCGUCGCCAACGAGUACAGCGACAGAUGCACACCGUCCUUUGUAUCUUUUGGGCCUCGAAGUCGGGCAAUAGGUGCAGCUGCAAAGAGCCAGGUGGUCACCAUGCAAAAUACCGUCCAAGGAUUUAAGCGAUUCCAUGGCAGGCCGCUCACUGACCCAUAUGUCCAAUCAGCAAAGUCCAGUCUGGUCUAUGAUCUCGCUGAGAUGCCCACAGGGACCACCGGCAUCAAGGUCAUGUACAUGGAGGAGGAGAAGGUGUUCAGUAUUGAGCAGGUCACUGCUAUGCUCCUGAACAAACUGAAGGAGACUGCAGAAUCUGCACUCAAAAAGCCAGUGGCAGACUGCGUCAUUUCUGUGCCGAGCUUCUUCACCGAUGCAGAGAGAAGAUCGGUUAUAGACGCUGCGCAGAUUGCUGGCCUUAACUGCCUGAGACUCAUGAACGAGACCACUGCAGUUGCCCUGGCAUAUGGCAUUUACAAGCAGGAUCUGCCCGCACCUGAGGAGAAACCCAGAACUGUUGUGUUUGUUGACGUUGGCCAUGCUGGCUAUCAGGUUUCUGCCUGUGCCUUUAACAAGGGGAAGUUAAAGGUCCUGGCCUCUGCAUUUGACAGUGAGCUGGGUGGGAAAGACUUUGAUGAAAUACUUGUUCAGCAUUUCUGCACUGAGUUUGCUAAGAAGUACAAACUAGAUGUGCGCUCCAAGCCUCGUGCUCUGGUGCGCCUCUACCAAGAGUGUGAGAAGCUGAAAAAGCUCAUGAGCGCCAACUCCUCGGACCUGCCGCUCAACAUUGAAUGCUUUAUGAAUGACAUCGAUGUUAGUAGCAAACUCAACAGAGGCGAUUUUGAGGAGAUGUGUGCGGGGCUGCUAGCCAAAGUGGAGGGACCCCUGCGCAGCGUGCUGGAGCAAGCUAAGCUAAAGAAAGAGGACAUUUACGCAGUGGAGAUUGUAGGUGGUGCCUCUCGGAUCCCUGCCAUCAAAGAGAGAGUCAGCAAAUUCUUCGGGAAGGAGCUGAGCACAACACUAAAUGCAGACGAGGCUGUAGCCAGAGGCUGCGCACUGCAGUGUGCAAUCCUUUCGCCUGCCUUCAAAGUGCGAGAGUUUUCCAUCACAGACAUGGUUCCGUAUCCCAUCUCUCUGAAAUGGAAUUCAGAUGCCGAGGAAGGCUUAAGUGAUUGUGAGGUAUUCCCUAAAAACCACCCUGCACCUUUCUCUAAAGUCUUAACCUUCUUCCGCAAGGAGUCUUUCUCUCUGGAGGCCUACUACAACAAUCCAAAGGAGCUGCCGUAUCCUGAUCCUACCAUUGGUCAGUUCAGUAUCCAGAAGGUAUUGCCUCAGUCUUCAGGUGAGUGUUCUAAGGUAAAGGUGAAGGUGCGUGUGAACGUGCACGGUGUGUUCAGUGUGUCCAGUGCCUCCCUGGUGGAAGUGGUGAAGACUGCAGAAGGAGAAGAGCCCAUGGAGACGGACACCACUGCCAAAGAGGAAGAGAACAAGAUGCAGGUGGACCAAGAGGAGCAGAAAAGCCAGAGUGAUGGGCCGAAGGAGAACGUAGAUAAGAAAUCCGACAGUGAGGACAUGGAGACUGAGGAAAACAAACAGGAAAAGAAGAACGACCAGCCGCCACAAGCCAAGAAACCCAAAGUGAAAACAAAGACUGUAGACCUGCCGAUUCAGAACAACCUGCACUGGCAGCUUAGCAACGAGCUGCUCAAUCUGUUUGUGGAGAAUGAGGGGAAGAUGAUCAUGCAGGACAAACUGGAAAAAGAGAGGAACGACGCGAAGAAUGCGGUUGAGGAGUAUGUGUAUGACAUGAGGGACAAAUUGCAUGGAGUAUUGGAGAAGUUUGUCAGUGAGGAAGAUCGGGAUGCUUUUAGUCUAAAACUUGAAGACACAGAAAACUGGCUGUAUGAAGAUGGAGAAGACCAACAGAAGCAGGUGUACAUUGAUAAACUGGCAGAACUGAAGAAACUCGGACAGCCCAUCCAGGACCGAGCGCUACAGGCGGAAGAGAGACCAAAAGCCUUUGAGGAGCUCGGGAAACAAGUCCAAAAAUACAUGAAGAUUUUAGAAGCGUACAAAGCAAAGGAUGAGCAGUAUGAGCACCUGGACGAGCUGGAGGUGAUGAAAGUGGAAAAGCAUGUGAACGAGACCAUGAACUGGAUGAACAACAAAAUGAAUGAACAGAGCAAGCAGAGUCUGACACAAGAGCCUGUUAUUAAAGCCUGUGAGAUUCAAGCCAAAACCAAGGAGCUGACCUCCACCUGCAACCCCAUCGUCUUAAAACCCAAACCCAAAGUUGAGGUGCCAAAGGAGGAGAAGACGCCUGAACAGAACGGCCCAGUUAAUGGACAGGAAGGCUCGGAGGCGCAGCCCAGCAGCCCAAACAAAGACAAACCGGCUCCAGAAUCCACAGAGGCCAAGCUGCCUGAAAUGGACAUCGACUAACUCUUCAUCCACACACAAGUUCUCUCAGCUUGCUUCCAAAUCAUGACUGAAACAAGCUAGCUACAUUAGUUUCUCUAUCAGAAAGCACCGUGAACUUCCUGAACUGGGUUUUUUUUUUUUCGUUUUUGUGGGUUUUUUUCCUCUGUAUAAAAUAAGGUUGCACAUUUGUUGGUCUUUUUCACAUUAAAGAAAUCUGAGCUUGAA